CCGGCGCCGCCAUCAUGGCGGCCUGAGGCGCGGCGGGGACGGCGCUGGGAGCCGCAGGGCGGGAGGAAGGCGGCGAGCCGGAGCGGCGAGAUUCAAAAACCUAGAAUGGCAGGAGAACAGAAGCCGUCCUGCAAUCUUCUUGAGCAGUUUAUUUUACUAGCCAAAGGCACAAGUGGCUCAGCUCUGACUGCUCUUAUAAACCAAGUGCUGGAGGCUCCUGGGGUUUAUGUCUUCGGAGAGCUAUUGGAGUUAACAAAUGUGCAAGAGGAAGGGCCUGAUGUGACCUAUCUGGGUUCUGAGAUACUUGUGUCAUACAAGAGUCAUACAGUGCUUUGGAAGGAUCUGCUUGCUGAAGGGCCUAAUGCUGCUUAUUUCCAGUUGCUGAAUCUGUUUGCGUAUGGAACAUACCCAGACUAUGUAGCAAGCAAAGAUAACCUGCCUGAAUUAACAGUGACUCAGAAAAAUAAGUUGAAACACUUGACAAUUGUAAGCCUGGCUUCCAGAAUGAAGUGUAUUCCCUACUCCGUGUUGCUGAAGGACCUGGACAUGAGGAAUCUGAGGGAGCUGGAAGAUCUCAUUAUUGAAGCUGUUUAUACCGAUAUUAUCCAGGGGAAGCUGGAUCAACGAAAUCAGGUGCUAGAGGUCGAUUUUUGUAUUGGCAGAGACAUUCAGAAGAAGGACAUCAGUAACAUUGUCAGAACACUUCAGGAAUGGUGCGAUGGUUGUGAAGCAGUUCUUUUAGGAAUUGAGCAGCAAGUACUUAGAGCCAACCAAUAUAAAGAGAACCAUCACCGAACUCAGCAGCAGGUAGAGAUGGAGGUCACAAACAUAAAGAAAACAUUAAAAGCCACAGCCUCGUCGUCGGCACAGGAGAUGGAACAGCAGCUGGUAGAGCGAGAAUGCCCUCCGCAUGCAGAACAAAGGCAGCCCACAAAGAAGAUGUCCAAAGUCAAAGGGCUGGUCUCCAGCCGUCACUAGAACAUACCAUCUAAAUGUCAUUCAGCUAGGAAUGACAGCCGGAGGAGCAAAAAAGGGCCUGUGUCUCCUUUUUCAGUGGGUUCUGGGCCAGUCCCUUUCAGGCUGGCAAAUAAAAGCCCUGUUUGAAUACAGCUCCCAGUUAGCAGCACCUGGCUAAGUUACACUCUGUAGGCCCUAUUAAUUUCCAGGGUGUCCCUGUUUUCCAGGCCCUUUAAAGAGGGACUUCUAAAGAGAAGGACUAACCAAAGGGACAGAAAAAGAGAAAUCUGUGGACAGUUUUGCUCCCUCCCAGCCACUCUCACUACUGCUCAACCUUGAGGAAGCUGCUGUACUAAAUCAGAUUUCAGGAAAAGUUCUAUAGCAAGUGUCUGAAUUUCAGGGUUGAAGUGUGGCUACCAAAACCAGGCUGGGAGCGAGGAAGCCAUCAACACAGAUCUUCCAUUCUCAAAGGGAGCACAGAAAGGUUUCUAGGCCAGGAACUGCUUUACAUGGAAGUCUUCAGCCUUUCUGCUACCCCUGUCUGUUACAAACUGGGGUGAAAUUCACACUACCUCGCUCUGUGAAGAUGAGACCAGUGCUGGGCUGUUUACUUAACCGUCUGUUUACUGCCCUUACUAAGCCCUUUAAUCUCUCACAGAUUUCAAGCACUGUUCUGCAUCUCUGAGGCAUCAGCACAGUGAGGAGGAAGCAGGCUGCUCUCUUUAAGCCUUCCUUCUUACAGAUAGUUAGGGGCGUGCUAGCAAUUGUGUUACUGUGUUCCUUCUGAAUGUGAUGUGAUCUCUCAGAGCUGCUUGUGAGUUGUUCCCCCAUCAGUACCUCCAAAGGGUAAUGCAUUCGCUUUCCUCGGAUGCCAGUGACAGUGGUCUGCAUAGGAGAAGAGCCCGUUUAGCAUGUGGCAGGCCCAGUGGCCCAGGACCCACUGGCAGGGGUCGCAGCAGCAUCCCCUUGCUGAAGCAAUGGACUUGACUAGUCUUUCUGAAUUUUGAACACUUUCAGGUUGUAUUUUCCUCCCUUUUUUUGUACAUUGUUGUGAUUCUAAAGCAUUUCAGCCUUUGUUUUGUGUUUUUUAUUUGUUACAGACUAACUUCAGGUGAUUUGCACCUAGUUUGGCAAGGUGUGGAUUUUUUUAAGGGGGGGGGUUGACAUUGAAACAGCAAUUGACAAAAAAGCACAUUUUUGGAAAAAAAUUAAAAAUGCUGAUUUAAUGUCAGAGCCUGGAGUCUUGGCUUUGAGGUUGCUUUAGGCUUGCAGUGCAACAGCACUUGUUUGCAUAAGUGUUUACUUGUUUUUUGAAGUUACAUUAUCAGAAGGUCUGACCACACCUCGCUGACGUGUCUGAGAGGUAGUGAAGUACACUUCCCAUUUUGUCAGUAGCUCGUCUUUAUCCAAGUUCAUGCAGAACUACCUGUGGCAAAGCCAACAGCUGAGCCAAAUCUGAGCAUAAAUAACCUUUGCUGCCUAAUUGUGGGAGUUUUGAAGUUCUGCUCUGUUUUAGGCCAAGUUGAUUCUUUACUUUGGGUCUAGCAGGGUACUGUUUUGCAGUUUGGCCCCUUUAUUUAACUUUAUUCCACAUUGUAAAGAGAAGGGCCUUCCAUAAUCAGGAAGGGGAGUUGUUUAAGCAGAGGACUGUGACUAAGCUCCAGUUCUGCAGCCAACUGUCACCUGUGUGUGUCUUGUGCAGCGCGUGUGCCUUCCUCUUUUUGCUACCAGGGUUCUUUUCCAAUUGUGUGUUUUCAGUCCUUGACCACAGGACUUGUACACUUGUGAAAGUAAAUUACUCUUUUCUUCUCCUGCAGCGCAGGCAUGCCAGCUUUGAAUCCUAAGAGAGAUCUAAAUACCUCCCAGCCAGCUGCCUCUGGGUCAAGUCUCUUGAUUUCUGAUUCUUUGCCAGCAAUCUGUCCCCUAAAAACCCUAGCCAAAAAAGUUCUAAUGAAGGCUGUCAAGUGAAUAGGCCCCAGUGUGAAGCCUUCUCUUAAAUCUCAAAGGAUUUCUUUCCCAAGCAGCGGUUGUGUUAGUUCCUGUACUAGCUUCUCCCAGUGCUUAGCUGACAGGUUCUCAGGAGGUAUAGAGGGACUUAAUGCACCCAAGACUAAUAGAUUUGAUGAUGAAGAUAGACUGAGUCCUUUCUGUUUUGGCUUCUUGUGUGGGUUGCUGCAGUGUACUAGUCAUCUAGUUCCUCACAAGAUUUGACUAGGGAGGAAUGGUUCUCUAGUCUUCAUUGAACCUUUUUCUUGCCUUCCCAUUUCUAACAUCAGUCCUGCAGGAAGAAUACAACUGCCUUUGGAAAUAGGUUUACCUCCUCAGCAAGCCACAGCCUGCUGGGGAAAUGGCAUCCUUGAUGUUUGUUCCCUGCCUGCUAAAUAUGUUCAAAGUUCUUCACUUUAUUCUUAUGUUACUUUGUUGUUUGCACGUUAUUUUGUUGUUCUCAAAGUCUCGAUGUGGGAGGAGGUCUUCUUUGCACUUUGGUAUACGUUGCCUUUGAUCAGUAAAGAAACAAGGGAGGAAAUGGCACUUCGAAUAAAGAUCUUUCCUGUGCUGCUUGGUGUGAGAGAUGGGAAAGGACAGAGAAGGAACGGGGUAUGGAACAGAACGGAGCUGUUCUGCAUGUGUGGCUUUCCUGGUGGGCUGGCUGUGUGCUCAGUGUCGCAAAAGGAAGGGGGCGUCUUUGCAAUGAGCCCAGUCUGAGAUGAGUCAUUAACAAAUGACAUGCAGAGAGUACCUGGGGGACGCAAACAGCUCUGCAGCAGCUGGUUAAUGAAUCUGGCUUGAAGGAAAGAGUUGGAAGCUGUUCCAGGAAUGGAGCAGAAGGCAGUUGUUAAUGGGGAAGAAUGCAGGAGGUGCAAUGCUGUGUGAGAAGGAUAACAGAUAAAGACUGCACUGACUCGCUGUAGCUGCAGUGGGGGACAGCAACUCGGAACAGAGUUAUGUGAAUUAGGGACUGGUCGGGAUUGAAUUGAGGACAAUUUGAAGGGGAGUGUCUGGAGAGGUUAAUCCUGUUAUGAGGACAAGAGGGAGAUGGACGGAGAGGUGGGUUUGAUGCAAAGUCCAAUGUAUUGCAUGUGCCUGUUGGAGGCAACUAACACUGUCUGAGCACUGCUGGACACUGCUUCCUGCUGUGGGGAGACCAUCCUGCUCUACUGUAUUUUAUGGCAGCAAUGGGCUGCUCCAGCUGCACCUCACUUCAAGAUUACAGCAGGAUGAAAUUCAGGCUAUUGAACUUCUGUUUGCUUCCUCCACCUGGAGAGAGACAAAGUAGAUGGAGUUGCCUUCCCUCUGCUCUUCAGGGCUUUAUUAUCUAGCUUCAUAUUCUGCAGCUUUGCUUGUACAAGUGCUUGUUUAAUAUGGAGCUGAGCACUGAGCUGGAAAAUGGAAGAGAGGAUCUCAGCCGAUUGCAGUGCUGGUAGACUGCCCUAGCCCUAAAGCUGCGCCUUGUGGUAACAAAUGUCCCUGGCAUUCCUGCUGUGACUCAGUUUAUACCAGCUAACAUUAGGCAAUUCUGAAACAUAAUAAAGCAAUGUUGAUGACAAUUUUUUUUUUUCUUUUUCAGAAAGAAAUUCUGACUCAAAACCUAUUGUUUUUUUUCCCCCUCUCUCAGGCUCAGAGCAGGAAGGGUCUGCUGACAAACCCUUCUGUGUUCAGAUUUGAAACCAGCCCUGUGCAGACUUGUGAAGACCCAUGGAUACCCAUGGAGCUUCAUGCAGGCUUGGAAUUCUACCCUCCUAGGGACCCAGUUAGCCUGAGACUCAGUUCUCAGACUGACAGCUAAGUGACACGCAGCCUACAGGCGCUUUAGAGGUCUCUCUCUCUAUAGGUCAGACACCUGAGUAGGAAUUGCAGAUCUGCUUUCCAGAGUGAAAGUAAGGAGAGUGAAGCUUUUCUUCCCACAGUAGAGAGUGGUAGUAAGAGAUGGCUGUUCUCCUGCCAGCUCCCCAAAGUGAAUUUUACUGAGUAACAUUCAGUUCUUGAAAUAAUGGAAAAUGAUGCACAACUUUUCUUCAGCAUUUUGCUUAUCCUAUGGGGGGAGAAUGCAUUGAUAGAUGCACUCAAAAAAGGGAAGCUGAGUUUAUUCAUUGCAGCGAAUGCAGAAGUGAGAGGACGAUCAGCUUGGUAGUUCUAAUAGAAUGUGACUUCUAAAAAUUCAGUUCUGUACAGGUUUAUAUGAAUGCUGUCUAAGCUGUUUAGAGAGGCCUCAGGUAUUAAAAAACGAAACAAAGCCCACUUUGUCCUGGGGUAGAACAGUCAAAGUAUAUGCAUUUGUAGGCUUGUUGGUGCUGCUGUUCUUUACUUUGUGAGCCUUUUGCAAAUGUUGUAAUGAGAGAAAAAACAUUGUUCUUUAUUAUUCUGAAGACGGAGAAAUAGAGAGAUCAAAUACCUUGUUCUACAAUUAUAUAGACUCGGUUGGUCAGUCGUAUAAUGUUUUAUGUUGUUUUUUUCCCCCACCAAGUCCUCUACAGCAUCUGACCUAAUACAAGGAGACCAAAUAGUCGAACUGUUUAGCUUAUUUUUGCACAGUCUGAGAGGUAGUAGCCCACAGGCAUCAGGAGGGGUUAAUUAAAGUUUAAAGUGAUUUUGGUUCCUAUAUGUAACCUCAACCUUGUAUUUUUAUUGUGGAAUUUUAACCUAACAGUCUGAUUGAAUUUAUCGGCAUUUUUUAAAGAAAUAUGUCGUCGUUUCACUCUGCUCUGUGGCAAAGGUCAGCGUCUCUUGGGGACUGUUGACAUUUAGCUGAUAUUUCAUUAGUCCUGGCCCUAUCGCAGAGGAAGGUGGUUGAAGCUAGAGGGAUGUACUGUUAAGAGAGCAUGUAUUUACCCCCUAGUCUGAUUGGCUGCACCCUGCUUCUUAGAGGCACAGUGCUGGUACCCCCAUCUCUGAGCAGUGAACCAGGCAAAGGAUUAGGCAGAGCAGCUCUCCAUUCCCUGGCUCAAAAUAUACAGGAACACAUGCUUCAUUUCCCACAACAUAUAAGUCUCGAGAGAUGACUUGAUGUAUUUACUACAAGCUGCAAAUUGCAUGAGUGUGAUGACUGAUCAUGGCUUUCCCACAUCAAGAAAAAGGGAAGGUGUUCUUGUGCUAGUGAGAGAACAUGCACCCUGGAAAUUCUAGAUAAUAAAGGGUUGCCUUAAGGUCAUUUAACAGUCCUGAAAUAUGUAUUUCUCUGCAAGAGCUCAGAAGAAUUUGUGCCAAUAGUCCUUGCUUGAUGUAGUUUAAUAAAAAGGAGGAGACCCUUCCACAGCUCUAGGUAUCCUGUAGAAGCUUGUGAAUCUCAAUAUCAUUAGGACAUUUUUCAAAUGCCAACACACAGAUGAUACCUCUGUGUUUCAAGAAGAGUUGAUUGUAGUGGGUAAAGGAGUCUUUGCUCUUUUGGAGAUCUGCCUUUUUGUGAGUUUUCUGAGCUUCUCUGAAAGCAGGGCUGUAUUCUCAUGGGCAUGAAGUUUAGAAGUUGUGCUGUCUAGCCUUAGAGACUCUUCUGGAAGCUAUGUACCUUAUUAGUCCUGAUGUUUCAAUCUCCGUCUCAUGAUCAGCACAGUCCUAAGACUGCCUUGCUCUGAUGCAAUAUGUAACAUUUGGUGUUUCAUUG